AAGUGCAACUGCUGUCGGGGUCGGAUCGUUUGUGUCGCUUGGCUUGUUGGUGUUUUUGUCGUUUAAAGUGUUUUUUGUUCAACUAUUUCGCAUGAAAAUAAGUGUGCCAAGUGAAUCAAUAAAUAUUGGGGCCAAAUACGACGCCCAGAAUCGAAUGUGCAGUGGUCUUUAAAUAGUUGCAAAUCGUAGACGCAAUAGCCACAAAAAAAACAAUGAAUGAUAUGAUUCAAUGACGUCGCGAAACAAAAUCGUGAAUCGACAAAGAAAAAGAGCCAGAAGAGAGGAGGCAAGAGGGCCAACGAACAGCCGCCUGUAAUUUGUAUGUUUAUGCGGGCUUCUGCUGCUGGUGACACUCCACAUCAAAUCAGAAGUUUACAAAUAAAAAUAGCCAACAUAGAAUAAUAAAAAGAAAUUACAUCAAUUGAAACAUGUGCUAGAAACCAGAUAAAAUAAUACACACACAUACCAGAUGGGUUCACGAAUCAAAAACGACGUUAAAAAACUCUUCGAGUUCUGGUGCGAAGUGAAGCCAACGCGCGGCAUCGAUAGGGGCUCUGUUAAUCGCAAUGGUGGAGCAGCCGCAGCGACGCCCGCAGGCGUUAUUAUCGAAAGUUUCCCAGAGGGCUUUCGCGAUAAGGAGAUGCUCACCAACAUCCCAUCGUUUGCAUUUCCCUGCGAUCUCUUAAGUGACUCGGUGCAAUCCUUUUCAUUUGUGCAUACCACCGGCGACUCCAAGUGGCGCUUUGGCUUCUGCCGACAUGAUCCCAAGACGGAAACGGCCAUGGUGCUAAUUACAUACUUGCCGUGGCAUGAUACCUUUCUCAAGUUUUUGGUUGUGCUGGCCGAGCUGAGGCGGACAGAUCGAAAUGGCUUUCGUACAUUCCUAUCGGAGGCCUACAACAGAGGCGUACCCGAUUCGGGUGGCAGUCUAACGGUAUUCUACAACAGUGGCCAAAGUCAUUUCAUUUUUGAACGGCCAUUGCAGUUUCAGUUGCCCAGUAUACCAGGAAAUCACAACCUGAAUUUAUAUUUUAACUUUGUGGAUCCCAAGACGAUGAUCUGCGUAUUUGCUGCCAUGCUGGCCGAACGUCGCAUUGUAUUUACAUCCAACAAUUUGGAUAAGCUGUCCUCGUGCAUACAGGCGGCCAAUGCAUUCCUAUAUCCCAUGGUCUGGCAGCACAUAUUCAUACCGGUGCUGCCUUGGGAGUUUAAGGAUUACCUCGGUGCACCCAUGCCAUAUCUAAUUGGUGUGCCAGAGUCUGUGCUUGAAACUGUUUCUGCCGAUGAGCUCGGCGAAGUUGUGAUCUUAAACUGUGAUACGAAGAUGUUCAUGAGUCCCUUUGAUGAUGCUCUGCCGCCGGAGAUUGUGUCACAGCUUAAGAAAUACCUGAGUCACACACAGGAUCUCAUUGGGGAUCGGGUAUCAAAAAUCUUUUUGGGUGCUUUGGUGCAGCUGAUUGGCGGCUAUCGGGAUGCUGUCGAGUUUCACGACACCUGCAAGACAUUCAAUCCCGACAAAUUUAUUGAAUCUCGUCCGGCGCACUUACGUCCGUUUCUUACCAAAAUGAUGGAGCUACAAAUCUUUGCACAAUUCGUCGACGAUCGACUUAAAAUGUUGAACAGCGGUUUGGGCUUUUCCGAUGAAUUCGAACUGGAAACUGUGCGCUAUGCGGAGAAGAUGAAGAAGCGCGGUCGCAACUAUGUCUUCCUCAAGCAUGUCAAGGACAAGACUAAUCCAGCUGUUAAGUCUGCUGUCAAAUCGGUCAAGGAGAGUUCGCGUGGUGUUAAGACCGCCUACAAGAAGUGGCGCGACAACGGCAGCCAUAACCCAAAUUCCAAUAAUCAAUUCCACUUGGGCCUCAGCUCGCCCCAACACUCGGAUCGUCCGGACGGUAGCGGCAGCAACGGUAUAGGGGGCUACGGACGCAAGAUCACACAUCGCUCGGCGCCCAGUUCGCCGGUGUGCAGCAAGCGAUUGGAGCGUGACAUCAACAGUGUGAAUGGCAGCGCAAUGCAGUCGGCGCUGCCGUUGCCAGCGCAAACGCGACGCGCUCCAGUUCCGUUGGCAAUGUCCAGCUCGAGCAGUCACAUACCACCAAAUGGCUAUACGCUGGGUGCGCCGAAUAAUGCUCAUUUUGAUCAUAUUGUUGGUGCGUCUCCUGCUGUUAGCUCGGCAAGCUCGAUCUGCUCAUCGGAGAUGAAUCUGUCGCAGGAGCUGCAGAAUCAUCCGCUCUUCAAAAUGCCCGCCGUUGAUCGCAGCCUAAAACCAAGCACAGCUGAGCACAGCACACGCUCGCGCAACGCAGCACCGCCCGCUCGCCCGCCGCCGCCCGUCACCACGCAGCCAGCACACCAGCCCGUGUCCUACUACAAUCAUCCGUAUGCGACGUCCGGCCACAGCAGCAACAGUAUUAGCACCAUCGGAAGCUACUGCAACAGCUCAACGCAUUCGCAUAUAAAGUCAAAGCCUCCUCGCCACAUCUCGACGCCGAGCAAAUUGCAGUCACCAGUGGCGACCACAGACUCGAGCUUUGACAGUCCGCCGGACGUGCAAUCGCCACCAAUACCGCCCAGACGUCACUGUAGCGCCAACGCAGUUGUGGCGGCCACAGCAGCAGCUGUCAGUGCUGGCAUCAAUCGACUGGAACGCAAUUGCUGGCGGGAUGAGGCAAAUGAUGCGAUGCAUAGCUCAAACACAUCGACAGCAUCGUCAUCGUCAUCCUCGUCGUGUUCGUCAGGCGCUUCGUUUGUCACCGCUGCUUCAAGAUUCUCGCAGCUAAAUGUGUCAUCGCCGGGCUCCGAGGGGACGCCCAUACCGGCGCCGCGAGUAAAGAGAGAGUCGCCCCGCAGCGCUCAGUCGCGCCCUGAGGACAGCAUGAACGAUCUGAUAUCGCUGGACGAUAGCAACAACACCAGCUUUGAUCUGGAGGACUUUGAUCCACUCAAUCAGAAUGCACGGCCGUUGCCGCCGCUGGGCAAAAACUUUACCAGCAGCAGCAGCAACAACAACAUGAAGUCCAAGUCCAGCACGCUGCCUGUCGGCGUGAACAGCAGCGUUUUAAAUCAGGUCAACAAUCCGCUGUAUCCGUACUUUGCGCCCAAGCACAAGGCCACUGUGGCGGCGGUCACCAGCCGAGUAACGCCUUUGCCACAACAGUUGAAGCGCAGCGGGAAGCCCGAUGAUGAUUUUGAGCUGUUGCGCAAAUACGGCCUGGAUCAGUUCUCUCUAAACACAUCGCCGACGGCGUCGCCCGGUCAGGCCAGCACAACGCCAGCGUUAACCGCCGGCUCUGGCGUUGGCAAGGGCAUGAACAACUGGACGACCUUUGAUUAGAUAGAUGCCUAUAAUCAGCUUCUGCUUGAAAGUAUACCAAAAUAAGUGUGAUUAGGUUUAUGAUUGUAUUGUAUAUAGCUAGGCGUAGGUAGCGGGCAAGUCACCUGCGAUAACAUAUGAUACCAGACAAAACCUUAAAUAUUAUUACUCUAGUUGUAGUUUGAGGAAAACAAUUAAUUCUUUCUAACUGUUAGCGGCUUAUUAAACAAAAAAUAACGAGCAACUAUUUCAAAAAAUACAAGAACAUUUGACUUCCAAAUCACAAGACAAACUAAGAAUUAGUAUAGCAAGUAUAUAAUCCAAUUAGCUUAAAAAAUAAACUAAUAAUGAUCGAUUA